AUGCCUGGCGCUGGCCCGGGAGAUAUAUUAGUCUUCGCAGCCCCGUAUUAUGGCCAACCUUCGCCUCAGUAUUAUGACCAACGCAUCGUAAGGCUCUUUAUGCCGCGGCUGUUUCGCAUUCAAGUAGAGCAAAGUGCAGUUUUUAUUGUUGAAUUCGAAGGAUUUGGAACAGUAACAAGUAACAAGACAAGAUACACUUUCACCAAAACCGACCUAUCAUUUCCAAAUAUCAGCAGGCCUCCUGUGUAUGGUGUAGCUUGUCUUGUUACUGCUCCAAGUCCUUCACUUGAAUGUCAACGGACCUGUGCUGCCGGCUCAGAUCCAGAGCUGCGGCGCUCACGCUACCCCAGCGAGAGGUUAAAACUGUGUGGCCGCAGUCGCUCUGACUACAACGAAUGCAUGAAGGAGCGAUUGGAGCAGCUGCUCCCCGAACUCGCAGAAACAGGCAUCCCCGAGGUGGGCGUGCCGCGCGGCGAGCCCACCGAGAUCCCGGAGAUGACCAUCCACUACCGCAACGGCAACAUGAGCGCCGACCUGCGCAUCCGCAACUCGCGCACGUGGGGCGCCGCUGGGCUCAAGAUCCGCAGCGUCAAGUCCAUUGUAAAUGACCCAGAAGUGUUCCGCUUUGAAGUGGCUUACUACAUGCCCCGAAUCUUCACUGAAGGAGACUACAAGGUGGAUGCUCGUCUCGUCGUGCCGAUCAUCACCAAAGGAUACUACAACAUUACUAUGACUGACGUGACUGGCGUGUGGGAGGUAACCGGUGAGCAUUACAAGAAGCGCGGCCAGGAUUUCGUGCGCAUCACCUCCUUCAAGAUGCUCCCGGAGGUCGGCGACAUGCGCAUCUAUGCCUCCAACCUGGUGCCCGGCAACCCCGAGCUCAGCGAAUACCUGCUGGCGCUCGCCAACCAGUACUGGCUGCCUCUGUACGAACAAAUGUUGCCGGACACCAACGAGGCGUGGGGCCAGAUUGUGGUCGAGAGAAUGAACCGAGUGUUCAACAAGGUACCCUUCGACGCCAUGUUCCCCUUGGAGUAAAACAACCUCCCGAGCGCGCAAGGGCGUUCUUCUUCUUCUCUUCACACUCACAUCUUUCCCUGAAGAGGGCUGAAAGUGUUCUUCACCGACGAAAUUGUACUAGCCUACUUUCAUUUGAGAAUUUUGCAUACGAGAAUUUUCAAAGAAAUGCGUCUCAAAUGAGUACGUGUAUAGUACAUUGGGUUCCUUCGAGUUUCAGGAAAGAAAUGUUCAACACCAAUGUUUAGUCAUGAAAGUGCAUACCGAACUAAGUAGUUAAUCCAAAUGUGGAUGAAACUGAAUGAGAGACAAAUUCAUCGAAAUCAUAGUGCAUGCCCUUCACGGUGCGAUUGAACAGUGCAUCUCAGAUUAGAGGUUAAGAUUCAAAAGAUUGCGAAGCAAUGUACUCUGACAAGUAAAAGAUGCGUUGCUUCGUAAAUAAUACACGAAGUAUUUGCUCAAAUUAGUUAUACUGAAUUUUUCAUUAAGAUGUGGAAGUAAGAACGUACAAAGAAAAGAAAACGAAUUAAAUAGGUUUCGAAAAGUAACGAGAGAGAAUAUUUUAUGAUAGUCAUAUGUUUCUUUGAAAGUUAUAUUCAACUUUCUUUCUCAUCUCAUUCUUCAUUAUAUUUCUAUUGUAUAGUACAAAUAUUGUACAUCACUGUAAAUAAAC